AUGCUACAAAUAAAUUUAAAUGCAGUUGUCAUAUUCAUCAUCGUCGUCGUCAUCGUUAGCAAUGUUACUGCCAACCAGAAGAGCAAGGACGAUUUUUUGGGCGACAAUGACAUCAGUGAUGACGUAAGCACCACCAGCAACGAUAAUAGUAACAACAACAUCAGCAGCAGCAGCAACAACUACACUGUCCAAUCACAAAUCAACAACAAUUUCAACCAAAAUUCAACUCACUUGACCCAAAAUUUUACAAAAAAUUUAACGGAAAACACCAAAAACAUGCCCGCCACAAAUACCACCAUGUCCACCACAAAUACCACCCUGUCCACCACAAACAUCACCACAAUUUUCACUACGAACGCCACCACAAACGCCACAACCGCUGAGCCACUAAAACUUUUCAGCUACACAACCUACGUCUUCAUCCUCUACACAACAAUGGGCUUAGCCGGCUUCGUAGCCAACUUAUUCAUUCUAGCUAUAAUCCUAGCCUAUAAACCAAUGCAUAAACAAAUUAGUAGCUACUACAUAUUCGCUCAGUGCUUUGCGGAUGGCUUUGUAGCUUUUUUUCUAGCUACAACUACGCUAUUUUAUCGCAGAGGGAGAAUUUUCUACAGAAGUAGCAGCUGGGAUGUUGUGGACUGCAAGGUUUGGAUCACAAAGAUGCCCCUAUGGGCAAGUCUCAUGUCUUCAAGUUACGUCACGCUGGCUAUUACUAUUGAGAGGUACAUAGCGAUAGUCUAUCCGGUGUUUCAUAGAAACAAGUUCUCUCACUCAAAAUGGAUGACAGCUCUUUUGAUUGGUGUAGCCAUUCUCAUAGGCCCCAUCUAUAACAUUGGGGUCAUACUGACUUCAGGGGUUUCGGAAGAUGGAGCAUGUAUGAUCGUCAGGAUUUUUGAUAAUGAGAGUUCCAGGCAGUUUUACGGGUACUUCAAUUUGGUGGUCCAAUACUUCUUUCCACUCCUCAUCCUAAUUUAUUUGUACUCAAAAAUAGCAUGGUCACUACAUAAGAAAGUGAAAGUCGGGAGCAAUAAUAAUAAUAAUAAUAAUAAUAAUAAUAAUAAUAAUAAUAAUAAUAAUAAUAAUAAUAAUAAUAAUAAUAAUAAUUUUGGUAAAGAAAGCGUUACGGACGAUACUUCCAUUGCGACAAUUGCGUCAAACAACAACAACAACAACAACAACAACAACAGCAACAACAACAACAACAAUAAUAAUAAUAAUACAACCAUGCAUAGAGCUAGGGAUAAUGUUUUAAGAACUUCCAUAUUUAUUUCACUUAGCUUCGUGGCCUGUUGGACUCUUAAUCAGGUCUACUUCCUGUUAUUAAAUCUCAAACUCAUCGUACCCGUGCUGAAUGACGUCACCUACGAUAUCUCCGUAAUCAUGGUCUUUGGUAACUGCUGCGUCAAUCCAGUUAUUUAUCUCCUAAAAUACGAUCAGUUUCAUAGAGCGCUGAAAAUGUUGUUCUGCAAGAAGGAGUGA